CCGCAGCUUGACGGCGGUGUUUCCACCAAGCAGUUGAAGGAGAAACAGGCUUUUCAUUGUCGCGAAGACUGAGUUUACGGUUUAUUCUGUUACAUAGCCUGUUAUAUAAGUGUGUUGUUCGGUGUCUCGUCCAUCUUUUCCGGUGCCGACUCCCCCGCCGUUCGAACCGGAAUGGCCGAACCGAGCGGCAGAUAUCAGCAGCUGACCAACGAGGAGGACCGAGAGGGGAGUCCGGAGGUAGCAGCUGACGCGCCGCCGCCGUACAGCAGCGCCGCGGCGGACAAUGCCGCCUACUUUGACUACAAGGACGACGGGGCUUUCCGUCCGCCCAACGUGGCCUUCACGCUGCCUUCUUUCUACGACGAAGAAGACCAGAACCUGGUAACUGGGAGAGAUGAAGACUUUGUGACCAGAGACGACUUCGAGGACGCCGACCAGCUGAGGAUCGGAAACGACGGCAUCUUCAUGCUGACCUUCUUCAUGGCGUUCCUGUUCAACUGGAUCGGCUUCUUCAUGUCUUUCUGCGUGACCACCUCCGCCGCCGGCCGCUACGGGGCCAUCUCGGGCUUUGGCCUCUCCCUCAUCAAGUGGAUCUUCAUAGUCAGGUUCUCCACGUACUUCCCCGGUUACUUCGAUGGGCAGUACUGGCUGUGGUGGGUGUUCCUGGUGUUGGGCUUUUUGCUCUUCCUGCGAGGAUUCAUCAACUACGCCAGAAUCCGCAAGAUGGCCGACCCCUUGUCCACGCUGCCCCGCACCCGAGUGCUCUUCAUCUACUGAGCUCACAUCAGUCUUCGUCGUAGUCCUUUCCCUCUUUUCAGUGAAUCGUACUGUCUGAUUUGAUCCAAUCGCAACAGGAGAAGAGAACAUGCCCCCCCCCUCUGCUUGACAUGCUUCGGAUGAUGCAACUGUCGUCCCCCUUUGGUGUAAAACAGUCAAAUGCUGUAAACCCUUCAGUCGUUGGUGGUGAACCGUCAUGAUGUGAGUGUGAUGUAUAAAUGAAGGCCUUAUCUUCUGUUUCACCCUGUCGGCCGCAGCAGCGUGAGCUGUUCUCCCGUUGGCCACCAGGGGGCAGGCGUGUUUGUGUUUUUUCUUUUCUUUCAGAUGAUGUCAUGGUUCUAAGGCCAGGUCUUUUUUUGGGGGGGGGGGGGGGGUGAUUUACUCAGUGUAAAAAUAAUAUAAUUAAAGUAUCAGUUUAAUGUAAUUUUAACCCUUUUUGACUAAUGUGUCAUUCUAUUGAGAAAUAGAUAUAAAUCAGUUAAAAUGAGCGUGUUGUGGCCCCGUGAUCGGUUUACAACGAGGGAAGAAAAUGAUGGCGUUGCCAGAAGUGAUUUAUUAAAAACAAGAGAACAAGAA